UUCACCACGCUCGAGAUCUUCCAAUGGAGGAGCAGGAGCAACAAACCACCCACAUCUCAGGCGGCAGGGGCAGCGGCGGCGGUGGCAGUGGCAAUAUCUCCCUCCGCCCUUUGCAACUCUCUGACGUCGACGACUUCAUGGCGUGGGCCGGCGACCCGGACGUCGCCCGCUUCUGCAGGUUCGAGCCCUACACGAGCUGUGACGACGCCUUGGAUUACAUCGCCCGCACCGUUCUCCCCCACCCUUACUUCCAGGCCAUCUGCCUCGACGGCAGGCCGGUGGGGCAAGUCUCGGUGACGCGGAACGAGGCCAGGAUGGAGGCUUGCCGGGGGGAGCUGGGCUACGCGCUGGCCUCUGGCUACUGGGGGAGGGGGAUCGCGACGGAGGCGGUGAGGACGGCGGUGGUGGAGGUGUUUGGGGAGAGGCCGGGGCUGGAGAGGGUGGAGGCGGUGGUGGACGUGGAGAACAAGGCGUCGCAGAGGGUGUUGGAGAAGGCCGGGUUCACGAGGGAGGGGGUGCUGAGGAGGUAUCAAGUGCUCAAAGGGAGGACGAGGGAUGUGGUCGUGUUCAGCCGUCUCUCUACUGGUGAAUGAUUCUUGACAAGUUCACCAUGAACGUCGCUCCCGUUUUAAUGCUCAAUUUGACUUUCAUAAUUGUCAUCCAUUUGCAAGGAAAACUUCCUCUGUAUUUGUGAAUCCAGCGUGUG